ACCCCAGUCUUCUGCCCCACCUCAGUCCUCCCCCAAGAACAACCCGGCCAGCAGCUCACAGAAACCCAAACACCAGCUGCCGCUGCCGGAUAACUGCAUCAUUCAUGGGCACCUUCCUCACGCCUUCCCCGUCUUUCCAGCCAAUCUUCGCCGCCCCCGCCGACGACGACAGCGACCUGUUCUACCUCGCCCUCCACGCCAUGUACGAUGACGUCGGUGCCCACCCACAGCCUGCCGGGUCUUUUGCCGCCGACGCUACUACUCUACCGACCUUCUUCGUCCACGAACAAGACCAACAUGACGUGAUGCCAUUCCCGCCGCCGAUUUUUGUUGACCCGGCGCCGGCGCUGAGUCCCAGCGCCAGCGGGAGGCACGGCUUCCUGUACGAGAACGAGGCUAGCACCUCGCGACCGGCCAAGAGGAGGAGGCGGCUGAAGAUGGCAAGUUCGCCGUGCGGAAGCGGCGGCGACAGCAGCGGGCCGGCGGCAGCUACGACCAGGCCGGGCCGGCGGGUGUGGGUGCGGGAGAGGAGCACCGAGUGGUGGGACCGCCUGAGCGGCGCGUCGUGCCCGGAGGCCGAGUUCCGGCGGGCGUUCCGCAUGUCGCGCGCCACGUUCGACGCGCUCUGCGACGAGCUGAGGCCCGCCGUCGCCAGGGAGGACACCGCGCUGCGCGCCGCCGUCCCCGCGCGCCAGCGCGUGGCCGUCUGCCUCUCGCGCCUCGCCACGGGCGAUCCCCUGCGCGAGGUCUCCCGCCGCUUCGGCCUUGGCGUCUCCACCUGCCACAGCAUCAUCCUCCAGGUCUGCGCCGCGCUCACCACCGUGCUUAUGCCCAGGGCCAUCCGCUGGCCGGACGCCCCCGCCGCUGCAGACGUCGCCUCCAGGUUUGAGGCUGCGUCCAGGAUCCCCGGCAUCGUCGGCGCCGUCUGCACCACGCACGUCCCGAUCGUCGCGCCCAACGCCAACGUCGCCGCGUACUACAACCGCCGCCUCACGGAGCGGAACCAGAAGGCGUCCUACUCCGUGGCCGUGCAGGUCGUCUCGGACGCCGAUGGCGCGUUCACGGACGUCUUCAUAGGCCUCCCGGGCUCGCUGUCCGACGCCGCGGUGCUUGGCAGGUCGGCAUUGUGCGCGCGCCGCGGCGAGGUCGGGCUGGUCGGGGUCGGUGAGCAGCAGCAACGGCUGGUCGGUGGCACGAGCUACCCGCUCAUGGACUGGAUGCUCGUGCCGUACGCGCACCGGAACCUGACCUGGGCGCAGCACGAGUUCAAUAAGCGGGUCGCCGCCGCGCACAGCGAGGCGCGGGGCGCGAUCUGGCGGCUCAAGGCGCGGUGGCGCUGUCUGCAGCGCCGCACCGAGGUGAAGAUGCAGGACCUCCUCAGCAUGAUCGGCGCCUGCUGCGUCCUGCACAACGUCUGCGAGCGCGCCGGCGAGGGGCUCGAUCCCGAUCUCAUGAACUACGAGCUCGACCACGACGUUGUGGCUCACAACGCUGUGCCCUCCGCGGCGUCGGCGCAGGCACGGGAUAGGAUCGCGCACGACCUCCUUCAUGGCAGCCAUGCCGACGAUAGGGCGUAGCACGCAUGACACAAUGAAAAAGAACAAUGUGUUCUAGGUCAUGUCAAGGAGGACUAGAUUAGAAGGCACAGAAUCUGAAAGGAAUUAGCCAGCAUUCGGUAGAAAUUUCCUAAGAAUUUGACCAGCAUUUUACAAGAAACAUAACACUUCAGGUUUGCUCUGAGAUCCAUCAUCCGUCUAAUCUUUGUGGGUGGUGUUUCUUUACUCUGUAGGUUAAGAUACAUGAAAUCAGAAUCUCAAUCUCAUCUUCUGUGAAACUGUAAACUGAAUAAAUCAUGUAUAGUUGUUUCAUAUUUCCAUUGUUACAUCAAACAGUUCAAGAACCAGAAAUUUCCUCAGUAUUUGGUUCUCAAUCUCAUAUUUGGUUUGAUUUUUCCAUGUAGACCCCUGAAUUAGCCAAAGUCAGAGCAAACCACGUCGUUUGUGUUAAGAAGAUAGCCAACCUUAUUUUGAGAAGAUAAUCUGCUCUCUCCAAAAGAGCUUAACAUCAUCAUCUUGGUCCCAGUUAAACUCAUAAUACAUGAAAUAAUCGCAGAAUCAUCGUUGGAACUGUCACACUGGAUUGUGCUUUCCUCACAAACAUUUUUUGUUCUCAGAGUUCUCUUUUCCUCUGCUGAAAUAUGCUUGGCGAGAAGUUUACAGAUGCAACAAGCAAAUAUGGAAGGCACUGAUACAAGGUGACAAUAGAUAUGGAACACCAGAUGUCCAAAAUCGUAGACUUAUAAUUUGGUAAACAGUUGCAUGAUUCGGGUCUGAAUAUCUAUAUCCACAGACAAUACAAACCGAAUAGGUGAAGUUUCCAAUGCUUGCAGCUGGAGAUACAACUUAACUAUGAAACCUUCCACCUCAAAUACUUGAUUGAUAUGUCAUAUGUACAAGUAGUGUUCUCCUGCCAGGUCUAGAUAGCUACAAGCAAGACCAGCAACAAGGUCUAGGACCUCUAGGUAAAGUGUACUCUCGUAAGCGUAAGGCUACGAGAUGUUCUAGCUGAAAAGGCAUCUUUCAGUUGCUACACUUGGGUGAACUCCAACGCAUUCCCAUCUGGGUCUCUUGCAAUGAUCGCUGGCCACCCAGAUUUGCUAAGUGUAUAGCUGAUUCCUGGACACCAGUUGAGUAGUAACAGACAACCUCUAUUGAUAACCUAACUUAAUGAACAGUACAAACCACAAUACAGUAGACCAUACCAUGAUCCAUGCAUAAUCGGCAAAGAGGUAAUGCCUGCUAGAAGUUCUCAUAUAAAAACUGAAACAAGAGGCUCAGUUGUAAAAUGGGUACAUGAAUGCUAAAGUCAUGUGGAUGUAACUUACCGAGAUCUUAAGAAAUCUGCUGAGCAGACUUUUGAUAGAUUAUAGGAUCAACAUCAUUGUUGAGUCAACUAUAAAAUUAGAGCUACCUUUGGACAACCAAUAAUGUUGUUACAAAAUGGUUAACUAAACUCAUGGGUAAUUUUUAAGACAUU